AUGUGCAUCCGAAAGGAAAUCAGAGAUGGAAAGUACCAAGUCGCCACAACCAUAGUCUUUUGCUUGUCGAUUGCAUUGCUCGUCUUAGUCCUAGGUACGGUCAUCAAUGACCACUUCAAGAAAUUCGUGUUAUACGAAGACCUAACCUUGUCGUCACUCAAUGCUUUUCCUCCACUCUUGUCGACCCUUCCACCUUCACCAAACCAUGCGUGUACACAACUAUAUAGUAAUCAUAGCUCAAAUGCGACACGAAGUUUUAUGGAGUUGAUUUCGCCUAGCCAUCUUUGGCACUCUAUGAGCGAUGAAGAAUUGAUGUGGAGGGCCUCGAUGACUCCUCGUGUAACUGAUUACCCUUUCAAUCGCACACCAAAAGUUGCUUUCAUGUUCUUAACGAGGGAAAGAUUGCCAUUGGCCCCACUAUGGGAGAUGUUCUUCAGAGGGCACGAAGGUCUAUUUACUAUCUACCUCCAUACCUUGCCGCAAUUUGACAAUGAGCCCGACAAGGCAUCAGUUUUCUACAAGCGUAGAAUACCUAGCAAGUUGGUUCAAUGGGGGAAGUCAACCAUGAUCGACGCCGAGAGACGACUCCUAGCGAACGCACUACUCGACUUCACAAACGAAAGAUUCGUGCUCCUAUCAGAAACAUGCAUUCCCUUGUUCAACUUACCCACAAUCUAUAACUAUCUUAUAAACUCCGACCAAAGCUUUCUUAGCACCUUCGAUGACCCAAGGCGCAUGGGUCGGGGCCGAUACAACAAGCAUAUGGGGCCCACAAUUAAAUUGUCCGAUUGGCGAAAGGGAUCUCAAUGGUUUGAAGCCAAUAGGGAGCUUGCCCUAACGAUAGUAUCGGACGUGACGUACUACUCCGUAUUUAGAAACCAUUGCGUGCCACCUUGUUAUAUGGAUGAGCACUAUUUGCCAACCCUAGUCACCAAAAUCUGCCCUAACUUGACCUCAACUAGGACCAUAACUUGGACUGAUUGGUCCGGAGGCGGCUCACAUCCUAGGAUGUUUAGGAGAGGUGACGUCACACAAGGGUUUUUGGAUAGCAUUAGAAAUGGGUCCAAUUGUACUUAUAAUGGUUCAUGUUCUCGAGGACUAAACGGGCGACCCGGUUGUGGAUGCACGAGAGUCCUACCCAUGAGCCUGUGCAUGGGUCGGAUGAGGAGUUCCAAGAGGCGAGAAGGGUCCGUUUGGGUCGACGGUGGAUUUGAAGAGUAUGAGGGAUGGAACAUCAGGGUGGUCUAA